UGUUUCCUCAGUGAACAUCGUCGCUGCUUCGAAGUUCAUUGCAACAGGACUCAAAGCUCGUGUCUCUCAGCACAGACGGAAAGAUCGGAUUUUGUCUCCGUUGCUGGGAUCUGUGAGAAAGAGAGAGAAAUACCCAUAAAUGCUUCCGUAGAAUUUUGCCACAUUUUAUCACAUUUUACCAGCUCUGUUGCACCCCCAAAAGAUUCGCCUCAAGGUGAGCUUCUCGCUUUCUCGACGACACUGGUGUUAAGUCUAGGCGAAUUGAUAGGUUUUGCGAGGACCCAUGUUCGUAAGGUGAUCACAUAAUACCUCGACAAUGUGGUAAGAGGAAGCAGUUGGGAUCCAGAACCUACUUUGGGAAUGCGCGCGUUUGUAAAGCGCAUAGACGUGAAGUUGCAAAAGUGCUCGCAUAGGCGUGUGAUGAGAUACUAUUAAAUGGAGAAAGAUGACCGAAUUGAGAUGCUUGUAUGCCUGGACUCCGCAUCACCCUACUCUUUCUUUGCCCUAGUGGUGCUCUUGAGGUAUCAGGAAAGAUGGAACCUCAAUUUGAAAUUGCUGCCGGUUCUUCUUGGCGCAGUUCAUGCCGCCACUGGCAACAAACCCCCUAGCAUCAUGGUUCCUGCUAAAGGCCAAUGGUUGGUGGAGGAUAUGCAACGAAACGCUCGUUUCAUGGAUGUUCCAAUUCGAGGGGUGCCAGCAAAUUUUGGAACAACACUCAAUUCUCUGCAAUGCCAACGCGUCCUGACAGCUAUUGCUGAAUCCAAGGGCUACGAUUCCAAGGAACUUGCAGCAGCAUUCUUGGCCUUCUUUCGUGGCAUCUUUGGAGGGGAACCCAACCGGGAUCUCAACAUCAGUGACUCCAAAUUUUUGCUCAAGUGUUGCAUGGCUGCUGGUUUCACAGAAGCAGAAUCUGAACAAUAUAUCAGUUCUAGCAAGGAUGAAAUUAUCAAGUUGCGACUUAAGGAGAACACAGCAUUAGCAGUGGAGAAAGGUAUGUUUGGCGCCCCAACGAUAUAUGUAACCCCGAGAGAGAAGAAUCUGCAAGGAGUGCGCCAGCCUCGUGAUUUGAUGUUUUUUGGUUCAGAUCGGUUUGAGCAGCUAGCAUUUUCUUUUGGCAAGCUUUGGGAAGGUCCUAAUCCCCAGCGAAGCAGACUGUAGCUCUAGUUUAAAAGACAAGUUGUGGAGUCUUGGAGCAUGGCUGUGCCAUAUUAACUUUUCCUUCACAGAUUAGUUAGGGGAAAGGGUGGAGUUUGGGUAGAAUUGGACAAGAUCCUGUUGUUUUCUAUUAUCAAUAAGUGGCCUGCUCCUAUGUCUCGGUUACUGUCUUCACAUUGAUCAUUUUCUAAUCGUUUGUAAAGAAUUCGGACUUGAAUUAGAAUUUUUGAUACUUAGAUCAGUCGAUGAUUUUA